AUGUCGUAAACAAUUAGAAAUUCAGAUGAAUGCUAACUUACUUUUGAACUUGUUGAAAAUAUAAUUAACUAUUAUUAGAAAAUCAAUCCUCAAGAUGACAAGAAAGAAAUCAACAGCUAAUUUUAUAAAGUCGAAGAGGCCUCUGUUUGUUUCAAAGUCAUAUGUCAUUAUAUGGAUUAAUUGACAAUUGAACAUGAGGAAUUAUUAAAUUAAUAUUAAAAUUUAGAAUAACAAUUAAUUUCAAAAGAAGCUGAAGCCAGAAGACAUAUUUAGAUUGAAUAGCAAUUAAAACUCUACGCUGAAAGUUUAUUAGAGAAUUCUGAAGAAAGUUAAAAAUAGAUGGACAGUUUAAAUUCUUAAAUUAUAUCAAUUUAAAAAGAAAAUAUUAGCCUAAAAUAACAAUUGAGAGCAAAUAAAAAUGAGAGAGUGCAAACAGAUGCUAGUCAGGAGAGACUUAUAACUUUAAUCUCCCAAUAGAAAUCAUUAAUUAAUGAAAUUCCAUUCAAAAACUCCAAAAAAAGAUCUUUAGAAUCAUAAAAGUAUAAAUUUAUUAAUGCUUUAGAUUUAGAAUAUCAUAAACUCAAAAUAAUGACAGAAUGUAAAUGA